UUGUCAAUGGCGAUUCCGAUAACUAUAUCCCAUUGCCUCUUCCUUCUAUUUUUCAUUGCAAAGAUCACCUCGUCAUCAUCAUCGAGGAUUCGGCCUAGUACUAAUUCUCAUGAUACCCCCGUUGCUCUUAAGCCCCGAAAGCUUGCCAUCAAGCUCAUCCACCGUGAUUCCAUUUCAUCCCCGUAUUAUAACCCUAGUGCAUCCCCACUGGAACUCACCAGAAAUGACAUUGAGGCGUCGGUUGCACGAGCCCGGUAUUACAACAAAAGAAUCAUGGCGAGGAGAAGCGGUGCCUAUGUUACAAACGAGGAUGCCGGUGCCCCUCUUGUCCCUGACUUUCUUGGUUUAGCGUUCCUUGCCAAUAUAACGAUCGGGGAGCCAGCGAGCGAGCAACUUGUGAUGGUCGACACCGCUAGCACGCUCUUGUGGAUCCAAUGUACACCGUGCUUGAAAUGCCCAAGGCAAAUCCCUCUGUUGUUUGAACCGCUUAAAUCAUCGACCUACUCUAAUAUCCCCUGCACCCCACCUGGGACCACAACAUGUGCUGAUGUUGGGGGUAAGUGCGACCCAACAAACGGCUGCUUGUUCAGUCUCUCGUACUUUGAUGGGACAGAGGUGUCCGGGAACCUUGCCUCUGAGAAACUUGUCUUUGGGACAUCAGAUGAUGGGAAAGUUACCAUCACGAUUAAGGUCUUCGGUUGCACCCAUGAAAAUAGGGCCCCGACGAUUGAUAACCAGCUAAGCGGGAACCUAGGCAUAGGGUUGAUCUUCGGUGAAGGAGCGGUGUUUGAGGGUGAUGUGACGCCCAUUGUAAGUACACAAGACGGAUUCUACUAUGUGACAUUGGAGGGUAUCAGUGUUGGGGAAGAGAAGCUAAACAUCGACCCCAACGUGUUUAAACUGAGUUCCUCAGGCCAGGGCGGGACCAUCCUCGACACAGGUACCACGAUGAUGACGAUGAACAGAGGUGGGUACGACCCAUUGCAAAAUAAAGUUCAGAGCAUACUCAAUGGGUCGCUGCAGAGGACCGACUUCAGUAUAGGAGGCAUACCGAUGUUGUGCUACAAUGGAGAAGUGGACCGGGACCUUUCAAGCUUCCCAGCGGUCUCCUUACACCUCGCUGGUGGGGCUGACAUUGUGCUCGAUACACAUAGCAUGUUCCGACAAGUAAACGGAGUUGCCCUGUGCAUGGCGGUUGCUCCAGCAGACAACGUGGAGGGCAUGACGAUAAUAGGAGCCUUCGCACAACAGUCUUACAAUGUGGGUUACGACGUUGCUGCCGGGAAAGUUUACGUCCAGAGGAUUGACUGCGAACUUCUUGAAAGUUAAUAAUUAUGGUUUGUUCGGGAGAAGAAUAGGUUUAGGGACAUUUGGAAGUUGCCAUCUUUCCUUCUCCCUUGGGCACAGAUUAGUGAUCCCCUUCAAUUAUUGGACCUUAUAAUCAAUUACUGAUAAUCAGCUUGUCUAUGUCUCAUGCUUCUUUUCAAUAUAAUUUUGUGAUAGUUAAGGUGUCACACAC